AAAAAUGGAGUUCUGUGUCAACAAAUCUCAAAGAAUUUCAUGGCUUUGAGUCAGGCGUCUUCUUUUGUGGAAUAUGCAACUAAGUAAAGGGAAAUGAAACCAGUGAAACUGCGGGAGAUUGACGACUCCGUUAAUGGCUGGCCCCAAUUUUUGAGUGCACGUGACUUUUACGUCAUGUUAGACGCUUCCUUGCCUGGAACUUCCUUCUUUUCCCGAAAUGAGGAUGGGAGCCUGGAUCCAGGUGCCCAAAAUUGGGGGGAAGAAGAUAGCAGGCUCUCCGACAUUCCACUCCUCGAGGAAGACGAUAAUGAAGACGACUCAGAUGAAGAAGAUGAACUCUUAGAGGAUAAAGGAUCAAGCGUAGAAAAAGUGAGAGAAAAGAAGCUUGUAAGCUACGACAUUUUUGAAAAAAAAUUAUGGCCAAAAAUGUGCAAGAAAAAGAAAGACGUAAACUUCCAUCCAUCCUUGGUAUGGAUGGAGAUACGGUCAUUUAUUAAAGGCUCAUACGAAGCUUUGCAUACAAAGAGCGGUCGUCUCACCCUUGACAAAUACCGAGAAAUUGGUCAAAAGAGGGCGCCAAACUUUACGGCUGACAGGGAGGCAAUUUACAAUCUAUUUCUAUCUUACGAGCGUGUCAGAUCCCCUAACAUGUUCGAUGAAAACGACCUUGUUUGCCAACUGUAUCACCGAUUGAGGCAGUGCCGAGUCUCUGAUUGGUCAAUCCACAAGUUGUAUGUUGAUGAAACACAGGACUUCACACAGGCAGAGUUGAUGCUGCUAAUACGCUGUUGCAGUGAUCCCAACGGCAUCUUUCUCACCGGAGACACCGCCCAAAGUAUAAUGCAAGGUAUUUCCUUUAGAUUUGAAGAUCUUCGUUCACUCUUCUAUUACGUGAAAAAGAACUACAAAGACGAAGAAGCAAAAACACAAGUCCCGGUUCCAGAACUAAAGAAGCUCAUUUGGAACUACCGUUCACACAGCGGAAUUCUAAAUUUGGCGUCCAGUGUCGUUAGCAUUCUGCAGGAAUAUUUUCCUGAAUCGUUUGACCAAUUAGAUAAAGAUCAAGGGCAGCUGGAUGGUCCCAAGCCAGUACUCCUUAAGUCGUGCAGUCCCUCAGAUCUUGCUAUUAUUCUUCGUGGAUAUAAGCGUAAGACAACCACCAUUGAGUUCGGCGCUCAUCAAGCCAUCCUUGUGGCCUCUAACAACGUAAGGGAAAGUCUUCCAGAGGAGCUUAGCCACGCACUUGUGUUGACAGUUUAUGAAGCAAAAGGACUGGAGUUUGACGACAUUCUUGUGUAUAAUUUCUUCAAAGACUCGAAGGCAAGAAUCGAGUGGGGGACAGUAACGCAGUAUCUUCUGAAUGUAAGCAAAUCUGAAACCGGCAAUUCAGUGGAAGUCAAAUCAAGACCUGUACCUUUUGACCCAGACCAACACAAACUUCUGAAGGCUGAGCUGAAGCAGCUGUACACAGCUGUGACUCGGGCCCGAGCAAAUGUCUGGUUCUUCGAUGAGGAUGAAGAAAACCGGCGACCAGUGUUUGAGUACUUUGAGCAACUUGGUUUAGCAGAAGUCGUAUCACUGGAAGCAGUGAGAGAAGGAAGCACAUCUGAAAACCAGCCAUUAGAGAAAAUCUUCCCUAAAGGGUCUUCUUUGAUGGAAUGGCAGAAUCAAGGAGAUUUUUUUUACAGCAAGAAACUUUGGAAGGUUGCAGAAAAGUGCUACACAAAUUCUGGCGAUGAUGACAUGAGGCGAAAAUGCAAAGCUUACGCACAGGCUGAUUAUGCACUAAACUUUAGCAAAGACCCACAGCGACAGAAGGAUGAAUUCCUACGAGCAGCUUACCAGUUUCUGCAAUGCAAAAUGAUUCGGCAAACCAAAGCUUGCUUAUAUAACGCUUGGGAACAUAGCCUUUUCGCAAGUCUACUACAGAAGCUUGGAAAGGAGAGAAAGGCCGCAAUUGUGUUUGAAAGAAAUGGACAUUUCUUAAGUGCAAGCCAGUGUCUGGAGGCGACAGCUGAUUACAGAGGAGCAGUUGAUGCUCUCGUUCGAGGAAGUCUUUACAGCAAAGCUAUUGAGGUGGUAAAGCGUUUCAGAAAAUUAACUUCAGAGGAGCAGAAACUGACCAAUCCUCCAGGCAGAACUCUUGAUGAAUUGUACUUGGACUUAGCAGAAUUCAGUUUCAGGCGAGGCGAUACAGCAGGCAUGAGUUCUUCUCUUCAGCACGUUGAGUCUACCGAUACCCGGAUUGCAUUUUUGAUGAAGCAUCGUUUGCUCGAGGACGCUGCCAAAGAAUUAGAGAAACUGGGACGUUCAGGAGAAGUUGCAAAUAUCAUGAGGGAAAAUGGGUCAUUUCUGAUCGCGGCCAAGUAUGCUCAGAGGUCUGGUAACUCAGUUCUUGCAGCUGAUUGUAUCUUUGCUCAUGCGCGUGUCUCAAAUGCAAUGACAGACGAAGAGCAACAAAAAUGUUUAGAGGAGGCCAAGCAGCUAUACGAAGGUAUGGAAAAAAAGAAAAACAGUUUGGGUGAAGUUCUUUUAAGACAGGCGAAGCUUUCACGGGAUGAAAAGAAAGUAUUGCGGGCUAUGGAAAUAUUCUCCGAUCCAUCAGUCUCUAACACCUGCAGUAAUCUUGAAUGUAUUGAAAUUCUGAGUGAAAUGGUUGGUGACGAUUUACAAAUUCUUGACCAGAAAAAGUUUAGCUGGACUCUGGUGAAACUGGUAGAAAACGUAAUAAAGCUCAUUCUCUCACUGGAUAUUCCCGAUCCAGACUUCAAGACGCAGAAAGCACUGGAGAGAUGCGAGGAGCACUUUGGUAUCUACAGAGAGGGUGAUCCCAAAACAAGACUGGUAAGAUUGAAAGAGGGUGAUCGUUUUCUUUCAAUUUCAUUGGAUUGGAAAAGGGAGACUCCAGCCGGCAGUAAAUGGAGAUUGCAUUUCCGGGACGUCCGUACACGAAUUGCAGAAAAUCUCCUUGACAGAAUUACCAGUCUGAUUCCAAAGGUUCGAAACUUUUUAAAGAAAGAGAUCGUCUCGCACAAGACAUGCCAGAUGUUUUUGGUCGGGAUGCCUUGUAGUGACGAGAACUGUCAGUAUCAACACUGUCUCCCUACAGAUCAAAGCACAGAUACUUUGUUCUGGGCACUUUCGCAUGAAGUUUAUCUUGACGCUCAAGUGAACGACCUCUUUAAACUUGAAGAAAUAUAUUCAUCUCAUGAAACCAGUGAUAGUUUUGAACCUCGGAUGCCACUCAGCACAUCGAGUAAAAAAUUGGGGAAGCUUUUUCCGAAAGAUCCAUACCAGUCUUGCAGAAGUUUUCUUCAAUUUUUUUUCUCACCCAUUGGCAUUUCUUCACGUAUCCGCUCAAGAAAGUACAUUCAGCUUGUGCGAGAUGAGAAAUUCAUCCAGCAAAGUCUAUACAAGUGCGUGGAUACGUUAUGGAAAAAUCAACUUAACAGGCAAGAACGCAUUUCAGACAUCAACUGCUUCUUGACAGUCUCAAAUCUUUUGCAGUUGCUGGGAUUACCUCCGAGCACAAUUUUAUCUGUCGUCACUUUGUGGGACGCGUUCAACUGCACCACGCAAAACCACUUUGAAAAUUUUCGCGCUGUGGAAUUGUUCAGGUUCUCUCCAACUACUAUGGUCCGCGUGCAGAGUUUGCUUCGUGACAUGGUCUCUCUCAUGUUGGGAGGGUCCUCGCCAAAAUUCAACGUUCUCGAAAGAGUUUUAAACACGCAAUCUUGUAUUGACUCUGGGGAAACGGAACGUACUGUAAUCAUGGUGCUCACCAUGCUUUGCAACUGUGGCCAGUUAUUGCCAAAACAAAACGAGAUCAUUCUUCUUCGAAACCUUUUCGCCCAAGUGCCCGAUGAAGGCAUUCUGCCAGAAAGAAUAAGCAGCUGCUUAAAACAGGUUCGACAAGCAAAAGGUCUCCGUGAAAUAGUAGCUAUCCUUCAAGACCUUUUAAGGAACAGAAAAGAAGAGCUUUGCGAUGUUUACUGGAGAUCUAGGACGGUUAGGAUGUACGAUGUGAACUUCAAUGGAUACCUCGACUCUUUCAAUACAGAUACAGACACUCUUUCAACACUAAUCCAGGAAACCGCUGACCCCUUAGGAGACGACGCUUUGGAGCCUGAAGAAGAGUAUGGUCCACAUGUAGAAGAGGAUCAACCUACAUCCGACUUGGAUCCUUCCAGCAAUUCGAUGGUACAUGACAUUGAAAGAGAAGAGGCCAUGCAGGAAGAAUUGUGGAAAAAAGAGAUGACAACAGAAAUGGGAGAGCAUGCGAAAGUUGAUUACGGACAAGCGAUAAGACAAGAUGAUAUACCUACUCCUUUCGUAAAUGUGAAAGUCGACAAAUCAGGUUGCGGUUUUUGCAACGUUUUCUUUUCCGACCAACAAACCAGAGUCGAAGGAAACUUGGAACGCGUGAAUGAAUCAGGUCAUUCCGAGUUUUUUAUCAACGACAUUGAAAGUCACCUGAGUCCAAAUAGCCCACACUGGAAAAAACUUGAGCAAUUUAAUGCUUACAAAUCACUAAUCAUUCAACAAGUGGUCCCGCACCAUUUCACUUUUGAGACGCUCGUCAAGAAAGUUGAAGAUCAAUUGGAAAUAGCCGGAAAACAGAACAUGCCUUUAAGUAUUCUGAGCAACAGGUUGAAUGAAGUUCAGAUGACCUAUACUGCUUUGCGAGAGGUAACUUCGACAAUUCAACGAGAAGGCAACUGGGCGGAAACUACACCUGUGGAGGAGGCGGUUAGGGCUUUCCUAAAAGCCUCCCAAGCCUGCCAAGAGGAACUCCUAAAAGAGUCUCAACCAAGAGAUGAUGACCCGAUGAACUCAACAAAAGAUGUCGAAGAUGUUGAAGAUUCAGAGUACCUGCAUGUUCCGGGACUGAAAAAGCGAAAGAAUUAGGGAAACGCACUAAAAAUAUCUUUGAUUAGGACAUACCACGCAGAUAUGCCCAUAUGCCUACAACAGAUAUACCCAUCUGCCUUGACUGAGAGAGAAGAAAUAGCAAAUGAGGACUGGAAACUUGUUUGUGUGCCUGUAGCCGAAGAUUAUUCGAGGCCUUAAGGAGAAUGGAAUGGGGUUGGUUUUUACCUGUCAAGUUAGGAGUUCAUCGGUUAUUCAUCUCGCCCUGAGUAAUGUGAUUAAAUGCAUUUUUUGUGAAUGACAGAUGCUUUGUGAAAAGUUAAAGAAGGCAACGAAAAAAUUUGUAACGUGAGGAUAGCCCUAAAAUUGCCUUUUUCGUACGAAACUUUGCGGAGUAGGAUGCAUGGAAAAAGCCACCGGAGAAUACUGACUCGAUUAGAGUAAACGUGUAAUACAAUUUGUAAUAAUCUCUUGAAUAAACUCAAUUGUGUAAGUAU